AUCAAAAAGCCAUGAUUUUUCGACGAGCAGCGAAUCUACAUCACCUGUAGAAGGCGUAUCAGAUGCAGUGAUGCCAAGAACAGAAAAACCCGUGGGCGGGGAUGAGGGUGCAAGGGACUCAUCAUCUGGUGAUGAUGCGGCCUCUCGAACGAUAGCUCAGAAACGGCACAAGGCUUCGAACCAUCUGAGCAACACAGGUUUGCUCGGUUACCCGACCCUCCGGGAGCGGGGCCUUCUGCUGUCAGGAAAUUCUACGAGAACUUCGCUCUUAAACGAAAAAGACGGUAUUUUGAGCUUUCUCUCCCCGAAAGAAGCGGUUGCUGUGCUGCAGACGAGUAAAAAGCACACGGACGAUGUUGAGCAAGAAGAGCGCGGUGCUGCGCCGUCCAUAUCUAAUGCAAGCGAGAACAACAGCGUGAAAGCUGCUUCGUGGGAGCAAUACAGACACGACAGCAAGCUGGAAAACCGCACGGAAAGCUGCGAGGACCUGUGGCUGGAGAUUCUACGCGAGCGAGUUGGGACGAAGAAGCCGCGGGACUACUGGAACACGAUGGUAGACAUGGGGGCAGACUACUUGGAGAAAUUUCAAGCGGAAGUCGAGAGACCGCAAGAAGAGGGCGGAAAACGAGUGGAGCCGGCGGAAACAGACUGGAGCGUAUUGAAAGAUGCUGUUUAUUUGUUUGGAAAGACAAGAGAUACUGGCGUGGCUACAUUUUGGUUUAACAGCUAGUUUGCUUCUACUACUCGUCUUUGACGAGAAGGAAAAGCAGAAGCCACGUUGAGAUUUAUUUGUAGUAGCCCCAGCCACUCUAUGUAAAUAUAUGAAGGCAUUGGAACGAAUUUCCGCAGCUGCCGCAGCGUAGUCAACAAAAUUUUGCUUGCAUCCUGAACAACCUGAAGAUCACGAGCACGAUUAUUUUGUGGUAUAAUGUUAUCGCUUUCGUCUGUACGCUUGCGCCGCAUUGGUGGAUCCUGUAGAAGCGCCAGCUUGCGCUGAAGCUGAAGUGAUGUAUGACGGUAUUCCAUUAUAGGGGAUCGCGAAGGCCGUCUUCAGAAUCUAUGACUUCAUUUUUCCGUAGUCAAAGUCAAAGGAAAUUGCUUUCUGAACCUACCUCAGGUACGAUUUUUGAUGACAAUGGCUAGGGGAAUGUGCAGUCCCGCGCGCGUGUAUGAAUCCGUGGGCGAUCUUGCCAUCUCCAUUCGCUCUGACUACGAUUCCGAUAAACUCAGAAAGGGUUGCCAUAAAAGCGACAGGGCGUUUUUUCGCGAAGUCCUCGACUUUUUUCACGAAGAAGUAUCGCCCGCACGUUUGAAUGCCCGAACCCCGAGCAAGAGACGGAAGGAAAAGGAUGGCGCCACGAAACGAGGGGAAAAAGAUGAAAAACGCAAGUGGGUUUUGACGUGGAAUCCGCCAAAGGCGCAUGCAUUCUCCCUGGCACCAGCGGAUUUUGCGGCCCCUGUGGACAUGGCUCGUAACCGGCGGGGCCGGCGGAUUCUCGAUGCCAGGUGCCGCUUGGCUACGGCAACCGAGCUACUUUUCCAAAACUACCAUGCGAUUUACGACCAGCCGCGGUUCCCAGUCAAGCUUGGUACUGCUUUUUCGCACUCGAAAUGCGAUGGCUUGUUCAGUGGAAAUUCAUUGUGCUCAUGUUCUGAAAUGAAUGCAGUUGCGCUCGUGCUUUAUCAGCUUCACUUCAUUUCGCCAGACGCAGAGCUCCAAUUCUUCCAGUAUGCUGAAUUAUAGAAUGACUGUAUUGUUUCCAAUUCUUGGACAAAGUUUAUUUAUACUUCACGUUAUUUUUUCCAGGAUACUGUCUCAGCCCCGAGCUGAAGCCGGAGCCGAUGUCCUACAGAAACGCGUUUGUGCGGACGGAUCCUCUAGAUGACACAUGGCACCCAUUUUUCCGAAAAAUGUUUCGAAAAUUCGCUCAAAAGUGGCGAGCCGGCUCCAACGGGAAGAACUCUCGCUGGUCGUACGAUCAGUUCCAGUGGGAUUGGAGAAGCCUUCACGCGAAACGACUGAAGAAUACUGGAAUGUUUGGCAAAUACCUCCCGGGACGGAAGCCGAGGCCACUUCCAAGCAUCCUGGCCGAUAAUCCGGAACGCUAUUCAGUUUCUGUUCCCACGAAGAUCGAUUAUGAGACUUAGUAAGCCCCGACAGCGUAGUACGAGCCGUGUGCACCCUGGCAACGUGCUUGGGCGAAGCAAGAGGCUUUACGUUGGGGUACUUUCGUCCUGCAUUUGCCGGAGGUGGUCUAAUUCUCUUAGGAUGGAGUGUCUAACGACCAGAUAUCCUGGGGCGUCGCCAACAGUUUCUUCAGGUUUCUAACCUUUAGGACGCAACUUUUUUGAAAGAUGAAUAUCAAAAGUAUUUGAAUAUUUAUAUAGCGACACAAGUUCUAAGUCUAACUGCUCGGGUGAUAUAGGCAAAAUAUAGUGUGUUUAGAUACCAGGACCAGGCGAAAUUCCGAUGAGUAGAGAUUUGAUUUGUGGAAGAUGAUUCAGAUUCAAAAUAAAUGUACGAUUCAAAAUUUGUAAGAUUAGUUCGGCAUUGAAAUUUGCUGAAAGAAUUGAACUAGAAAUGUGGAAAGCAUUUCGUAUCGGAUGCGCGAGUAUAAGGU